AUGCAGUCCUCCUACUCGUCUUCCUACUCAUCAUCCUACUCAUCCUCCCCCGGCGGUAUGGACUUCUUCUUUCGCGGCCCGUCAGUCUAUGACAGCACAUGCGACGUCGACGCCAGCAGCUCAUUUACGACCCCGGAGUUUGCGCCGGAGUUCGUCUCGGAGCCCUAUAGUUACUCCUUUACUAGUGCGCCGAAUGCGCCUGCACCAUACGUCUAUGGUUCCGUGAAUGAAAUGCCCAUCUAUGAUACACCACUCAUGGCGGCCGGACUACCCAGUAGUCCUGCCGCGAGUAGCUGUGGAAGCUCGUACGGUAGCAGCUUCCACAUGCCCGAGGAUGUCGUACCCAUGCCUAGUUUCCCUCUUGUUCCCAAUGCUCCCGAGGAUUCAGGGCCCGAGUCCCCACCCGCUCCAUCCAAGCCAGCUAAACCCUUCGGCUGCGACGACUGUGGCAAGGCUUUCACACGCUUUGCAGACCUCAAGCGCCACCAGUCCAGCGUUCACUACCCCGUGUUCCGCAACUGCCCUGUCGAGCACUGCUCCCGCAAAGGUGCCAACGGAUUCCCUCGCCAGGACCACCUGGUCGAACACCUGCGUUCUUACCACCAUCUCGAUGUGCCGAAACGGCGGGCCUUGAAACGCUCGGCCAAAGACAUGGCUUGA